CCAACCCCACAUUUCUAUUCACUUACCAAUACCAACACAUUAUUAAUCCAUCUAAACUCAAAAUGAUUUUCAUUAUUUUCCUCUUAACCCUUCUCUCACAUUCCACAACCAAUGCUUCUGUACUAGACUUCUGUGUAGCAGAUUUAUCUUCUUCACAAACUCCUUCAGGCUACCCUUGCAAAAAAUCAGUAACAAUCAAUGACUUUGUUUACUCCAACUUCAAUUCAGGAAACACUUCAACAAAUUUUUUCAAAUUUUCAAUAACUCCUGCAUUUGUUAAUCAAUUUCCAGCUGUUAAUGGUCUUGGUUUAUCAGCAGCAAAAUUAGACCUAGACGUUGGAGGUAUAAUACCAAUGCAUUCACAUCGCGGCGCUUCGGAGUUAAUGAUUGUAGUACAAGGUCGUAUAACUGCUGGUUUUAUUUCUUCUGAUAAUACUGUUUUUAUCAAGACACUUUCAAAAGGUCAAAUUUUGGUUCUUCCACAAGGUUUGUUGCAUUUUCAAUAUAAUGCUGGAAGGAAUAAAGCUUCUGCUUAUCUUACUUUUAGUAGUGAAAACCCUGGUUCACAAGUUCUUGAUCUUGCUUUGUUUGGAAAUAAUUUGAGUUCUGCUAAUUUGAUAAAGAGCACUUUGCUUGAUCCUGCUCAAGUUAAAAAGCUUAAGGCUAUUUUUGGUGGGAGUGGCUAGGGUUUAAGUACUUAGUUUUCUUGUUUUAUUAUCCAAACCAAUGUUGUUUGUUGUUUUGACAAGUAGUAGUAAGGUUUGGUAAUUGUUUUGUCAUUGAAUUCCACUAAUAAAAGUUGUGUGUUUGUUUUCUUCA